UAUGAGAAACCUGGCGAAAAGCAGGAAGUGCUGAAUCUUCAUUGACAGCAGUGCAGAUCUCUGUUUACCUCUGUUUUUAUGACUCUCGUAUGCAAAAACUUAAUAACAGGCAGCUUAUUCUUCCUCACGGAACCGUUAUCUGCACCGUAACCCGCCCCCUGGGGAACAUAUGAUUCAGGUUUGAGAAGCUGCGGAGAAGAUGAGUCGAAGCAGGAACCCUCCGCAGAAGGGCCAAGGGGCCGCCAGGGCCAAACAGAUGGGUUUGCUGCUGGAUUUGGCUCCUGACAGCGGAUUGGACGAUUCUGGAGGAAAUGAGGCGGAGCUGGAGGCAGAGCUUAUGGCAUUGAUGGGUGGAGGAGGUGGAGGUAGAGGCGGAGCCGGGGGCAAGAAACCUGGAGGAAAAGCCCCAGUGGCGAUGGAGGACAUUGAGCGAAUGGCAGCUCUCUGUAUGAAAGAUCUGGACGAGGACGGAGACGAGGAUGGAGAUUUGGAGAACGAUGCUGAUCUCCUGGCGGAGUUAAAUGAAGUGUUGGAAGAUGAUGAGGAGGAAGUGGUCAGAAAACCUCCUCCGUCCCCAGUGCCUCCUCAACGCUCAAACGUAGCGCCACAGCCUGUAUCCCAGAAUGCAUCAGGCAGUCUGGAGUCUCGCCUGCAGGAGCGAUUGGAUAUGUACCAGACGGCCAUAAACAACGCCAAAGCUGCCGGAGAAAGCAGUAAGGUGCGGCGAUACGACCGAGGACUGAAGACUCUUCAGUCUAUGCUGGCCUCAGUUAAAAAGGGCAAGCCAAUCAAUGAAGAGGAGAUUCCUCCUCCUGUGGCUACCGGUGGAAAAUCCACCCCUGCUACUCCAGCCGAGCCAAUCAGAGAGCAGGAAGCACCUGCUCUACCGCAGACAGCCAAUGAGAAGCCAUUGCAGGACAGCAGACCCGCAGCUCCACCUAAACCUCAGCUUCUCCAGCCUCCAGCACAGAGAGUCACGGCUCUGACUCCAGAAACGCCAGCCAUAUCACCACUCACACCCGCACAGCCCAACGCACAGCACUCUGAGCUAAAGGCCAGUGUGUUGAGCAGACAGAGAGAGUACAAGCUGGCAGCCAUAAAGGCCAAACAGAGCGGAAACACUGAACAAGCCAAACAACUCUACCACGUGUCCAAGACGUUAGACUCAGUGGUGGAGGCUGUGGACCGAGGGGAGAUGGUGGACCUGCGCUCGCUGCCGCCUCCUCCUGGAGAUGUUGAAGUGCCGCAAUCAAACCCCCCACAGCAGAUUUCCAAACCAGCCGCCGCUCCUGCUCCUCCUGCUGCUCCAGCAAACACAGCUCUCUCUGCUCCCCGGAGCGUGGCCGAGGCCUUACAGCAGCGCAUGGACAAAUAUAAAGAAGCUGCAGAAGCCGCCAAGAGCAAAGGAGACGAGCGCAAGGCACGCAUGCACCAGCGCAUCAUCAAGCAAUAUCAGGAUGCCAUUAAAGCUCAAAAAGCAGGACGUCCUGUUAAUCUGGCAGAUCUUCCUGUGCCACCAGGUUGUCCUCCGCUGCAGGGGGCUGAAAGUGGCGAUCAGAACCUUAUGGGUGUCCUAGAGAACGCUGUCAAACUGGCCAAUCAGGAUGCAGAUGCAGAGGAGGAGGAGCCACAGAAGGUAAACAUCAUGGCUCAUACAAGCUGCAUUUUACAGCCUUCAGCUCAACCUGCUGUUCAGAAAUCCAGAGCUCCAGCUCCUCCGAAAGCCUCGUCCACCGCGGGAACGCCGACUGGAUCCACAAACACUCCUAAAAUGGGAGGAAAAGCUCAGCAGCAGCUGGAUUUCCUGACGAUGCGCAGGCAGCAGUUUAUAAAGGCGGCUCUGCGCUCAAAGGAGAUGAAGGACAUGCAAGGAGCCGCUCAGCACCUGAGGAAUGCUAAAGGCCUGGACCCCAUGAUCACUGCUGCCAAAGGAGGACUUCCUGUUGACAUCACUAAGGUACCUGCGGCUCCGGUCAGUGAUGAGGACUACAGGUUGUCUCAGUCGCGAUCGUCUGCCGUUUCUCCGCGUUCGGCUGAACAGUACAGACAGCUGAUGGAGCAGCUCAAGCAGCAGCACGAGAAAUGUCUGGCCUACUCGCAGCAGUUCACUCACAUGGGGAACAUAGCAGAGACUGCCAGGUUUGAGAAGCUGGCUGAAGAGUGCAUGAAUAGUAUUGACAUCUUAAAGAAAGCCCACGCUAAAGGACGAUCAGUGCCUAAAUAUCACACAGAGGAGAGAACAUUCAACACUGUCAAGAUCUUUCCUAACCUCACAGCCAAUGAAAUGAUGCUGUACAUCGUGAAGGGUAUCAACCUGCCGCCCCCUCCAGGAGGUUCAGCCAAUGAUCUGGAUGCAAGUGUGCGCUUUGAGUUUCCCUUUCCCAGUGCGGAAGAAGCUCAGAAAGACAAAACAAGCACUGUGAAAAACACCAACAGUCCAGAGUUUAAGGAGCAGUUCAAGCUGAACAUCAAGCGAGAUCACAGAGGCUUCAGGAGAGUGGUUCAGGCCAAAGGCAUCAAGCUGGAGGUGGUGCACAAAGGUGGCCUCUUCAAGAAUGAUAAAGUGGUAGGAAGUGCUCAGCUGAAGCUGGAAGCCCUGGAGAACCAGUGUGAGAUCAGGGAGAUUGUAGAUGUUCUGGACGGGCGAAAGGCGACGGGAGGAAAGCUGGAGGUGCGGGUGAAGAUCCGAGAGCCACUGGCGGGAUCUCAGCUGCAGUCUGUGACAGAGAAGUGGCUGGUGCUCGACCCUCUCACACCCUCACCAGAGAAACACAGAGAGCAGCAGAAGGACAGAGAGCCAGAGAAAGGCAGAGAAAAGGAACGGGCUCCAUCUCCGAGAUCCAAACCCAGAAACGAUCACGACAGAAACCAUAAAACAAGCUCAUCUCCUCCACAGUAUAAACUGCACAGCUUCAGUCUGCUGCACCAUGAUAAAGAGAGGCUGGAGUGGAAGAUCAACGAAUAUAAGAAGAACCGACGAGACCCUUCAGAGGUGAUCAAGCAGCACAUGGACGUCUGUCAGCGACUGCAGUGGCAGAAAUCAUACCUGGAGAAACACCCGGCUGCACUGACAGAAUAUGAAAAUGUGCUGCGGAAGUUCGUUCACGGUCUCUCGGAUUCAGUGAAAACAUUUUCCAAUCAAGGCAACAGGGAAGCAGCAAAAGACGCCCUCGGCCGACUGAAGAUGGUGGAGAACGAGCUGGAGUCCGUCAGGAAGAAGCGCGCCGUCAGAGACUGAAGACUCCGCUCACAUCAUGAAGAAUGGAGAUGAAUCCUGACAGAUGCAUAACGGAGCUCCAGAGAGGAACGACAAAACACUACACACACACACACACACAUGCAAUUAUGCACUUUUUCAUUACUGCACUUCGUUGUUGCAGUUCAAAGCAUCAAAACACUCCUGAGCGACGUCUGAAUGUUGACUGGUGUAAAACUGAAGAUGGGGGUCUGUCACUGUAGGGGGAAUCUCACCUGUGCAGGAAUUAAAGGAAAGAGAGAAGACAUCAAAUCUCACUUAAAGGAUAGUUCACCCAUAAAUGAACAUUUCCUUAAUGUUUGUUGACAUUCUUAUGUUCUAUUUUCUGUUGAACACACAAAAAAAGAUACUUGAAUGUGAGAAAUCGGUAACCAUUGACUUCAAUUGUUUUACCUGCAAUGG